AUGGGCAAGAAGAAAUCCUCCGCGCCGCCCGAGUCGCACCUCGUCCUGCCCCCGCACCCCGCGCGACCAACACCGACCCUCGCGCCGAUCGUCGACACCCACACCCACCUCACCAUCUUCGACUUCGUCCGCGCGCUCUACCCUCCCGCCGCGGUGCGAGCGAUCGUCGACGUCUGGUGCGACCCGGCAGAGAACGGGCUCUGGCGCGAGCUCGCGGACUCCGCGCUCGAGGAGGCGGACCGUCGCGACAAGUGGGGCGGGGUCGAGUAUUGGUUCGUUAUGGGUGUUCACCCACAUGAAGCCAAGAACUACACCGACGAUGUGGAACGCGCGAUUCUAGAGGCGAUGGCCCAUCCGCGCUGUGUCGGCUGGGGCGAAAUGGGGCUCGAUUACCACUACGACAACUCCCCACGCGAUCUCCAGCAAGAGGUCUUCAUCCGCCAGCUGAAGCACGCCGUCCGGCUCGGGAAGCCGCUCACGAUCCACACCCGCGAGGCCGAAGAGGACACUGAGCGCAUUCUCAAGGAGCACGUCCCAACAGACCACAAGGUCCACAUACACUGCUACACCGACUCUCCCAAGUGGGCCGAGCGCAUGCUCGCGCACUUCCCUAACCUCUACAUCGGCAUCACAGGCGUGAUCACGUAUGCAUCGAACCUGAACACGGCUGAGGUCGUCCGGCGCCUCGCCGCAGCGUCCCUGCGGACCGACGCGGCGCUCCGGAUUCUGCUCGAGACCGACGCGCCGUUCAUGGUGCCCGCGACGCUCUACCCGUCGCUGCCGACGCUCAAGGGCCGCCUCCCGCUCUCGCACUCGGCGAUGAUCCCGUGGACGGCGCAGUUCGUCGCGGACGUCGCGAACGAGCACGCGUGGACGCGGGGCGAGCCGCCCUACAACGCGCUCCGCGUCCUCCGCGAGGGCGAGGCGAACGCGAAGGCGGUUUACGGCGUGUAG